AAACUUUAGUAGAAAAAGGUUAUGCCACGGUUGGAGGAAAACAUCGCAUUGAUAAAGCAGAAAAUUUUAAAAUUUAUUAUGAAAUUCACGGGAAAGGACCUAAUCGGUUAUUUUUUAUCAUGG